CGGACCGGACCGGGACUGGGGCCGAGCCGCUGCUGCUGCACCGGGGUGUCCGCAGAGCGUUCUGCACCGCCCCGAGCGCCGCCGCACCGGUGAGUUCCACUGGAAGAACCCGCGCCACCGCUCGGCACCGGGAGAGCCGCAGCGGGGCCCGAGUCCUGCCCCGAGCGCAGGAAGGAGGGAGCGGGCAGACCCCGGUGCGGCGCCGCCCGGGAGGGGGAGCCGCGUCCAGCUCGUAACCCAGCGGCGGAGGAGGCGGGUGCGCCCGUCGGUGCCCCCGGAGCCGCCAUGGCCUCGCAGAACGCCGACCCCGCCGCCGUGUCCAGCGCAGCCGCUCGCAAAGCGGCCGAAACGGGAGCCACGCCGGCCCGCGGCGCGGUGGGGAAGAGGCUGCAGCAGGAGCUGAUGGCGCUGAUGAUGUCCGGUGACAAAGGCAUUUCCGCCUUCCCCGAGUCCGACAACUUGUUCAAGUGGAUUGGAACCAUUGACGGCGCCGCCGGCACGCCUUACGAGGAGCUGCGGUACAAGCUGUCGCUGGAGUUCCCCAGCGGGUACCCCUACACGGCGCCCACCGUGCGGUUCCUGACCCCCUGCUACCACCCCAACGUCGACACCCAGGGCAACAUCUGCCUCGACAUCCUCAAGGAAAAGUGGUCGGCCCUCUACGACGUCCGCACCAUCCUGCUCUCUGUCCAGAGCCUGCUGGCAGAGCCGAACAUCGAGAGCCCCCUGAACACACACGCAGCCGAGCUCUGGAAGAACCAAGUCGCCUACAAGAAGUACGUGAGGGAGACGUACAACAAGCAGGCCAAGGGCCAGGAGACCUGACCAUCACCACCACCCUCCCACCAUCCCCCCCACCCCUGCCCAGCGCCCCCCGCGUUCUGUAUCAUAGGCUGUUUUUAAAUUAAUGUUGCAGU